AUGGCGAUCGUGAAUGCACGGACAGGCCGCUCAGUCCGGCUCGAAGCCUUACCGCCCUUCAAACCCGAACUCAACCAGCGCGCCUGGGCCUCGAUACCGCACCCGACCCUACCCCUCCUCGCAACAUGCCACGCAAAGGCUGUUACUGUCUACUCCCUCUCGACCCUCUCUUCCCACAGCACUCUGGCUGGUGGCCAUGCCCGCUCCGUUCGAACAGCCGCCUGGAAGCCCGCCCUUCCCCCGCACAAGCUGUGCCUCGUCACUGCCAGUUUUGACUCCACCGCCGCCCUGUGGCGCUGGGAUGGCGACAACAUUCCCUUCUCGGGUGCCGAGGAUGCCGCCGGCGGUGGCUUGGAAGUCGAGAUUAAGAGGGCGAAUGGGAUCUCCUCACGCUCCCAGACGACAGCCGCCGCCGACAACUCCUCCGACAAGAGCGAUGACGAUGAGGACUGGGAGUACACACUCGUGCUGGAGGGUCACGAGUCCGAAGUCAAGAGCGCCGCGUUUUCUCCCGCCGGGCAAUUUCUCGCCACCUGUAGUCGGGAUAAGUCCGUGUGGAUAUGGGAGGAUGUGGGCUCCACCGAGGCCGAGGACGAGUGGGAGACGGUCGCAGUUCUGAGUGAGCACGAUGGCGAUGUCAAGUGUGUGGCUUGGUGCCCAGACGUGCCUGGGCGGACGGGCCGGGGCAACUAUGGCUCUGACGUGUUGGCGACUAGCAGCUAUGACGAUACCGUGAGGGUAUGGCGCGAGGACGGCGACGGGGAGUGGGUAUGCGUGGCUGUCCUCGAGGGCCACGACGGGACUGUCUGGGGUGUGCAGUGGGAGGCCAACCCGGAUCGGAAACGGUUCCCGCGCCUGAUGACCUUCUCAGCCGACAGGACAAUACGCGUGUGGACACUGAAAGAGGACGACGAGACAGGAAUGGAAGGGGAUGGGAGAAAUCCCAUGUUCCGCUCCGGUCUGGGUGGCAUACCCAACACGAUGCGGGCAUCCCUGAGGGAAGAGUGGAAGUGCACAGCUAUCUUGCCAGCUGCGCACACACGGGAUGUAUACUCUGCAUCAUGGAGUGCCUCAACGGGCCUUGUUGCCAGUACGGGCAGUGAUGGUGUCAUUGCCAUCUAUAGGGAGGAGGAGGAGGAGCAGGAGGAGGAAGAGCCACAGCCAGGCGAGAAUGGCCAUCUGCCAACAGGAUUGCCCAACGGCUCGGAACAGAGUGAAACUCUGGGCUCCGAGGUGGCAAUGGAUGGCCCCGCGGGGUCUCGAAACUGGAAGCUUUUGACUACCGUGAAAAACUCACACGGGCCACACGAGGUAAACCACAUAACGUGGUGCCGAAGGUUCGACCCUGGCUCUGACGCCCGAGGGAUCGAAGAGAUGCUGAUCACGACUGGUGAUAAUGGGGUGGUCAAGCCGUGGAAGGUCAUCACAACUUGAGGGAAUAGAAUCAUGUGUUGCUCGUCUCGCAACCAAAUCAUAACGGACAUAUGGCAAGCCUCGCCAGGCUUGUGAAGUAGGAUUGGACUAGAUUGUAGCGGCAACGCUGCUCGUAAUCUCUUCAAUAUACACAUCAGUGCUAAUUUGGAGGGGCAUUGCAUAUCCCUUCC